AUGGGUGGGUUUCGCGCCGUUGAAGAUCGCCCGACCCCGAAGGAGGUAUACAACAGUCGCCUAUACUUCGAAGCUAGUGUGAUCGCAUUCGGUGCACUGCUCUUCGGAUAUGACUCUGCCUUCAUCGGAACAACGAUCGCCCGUAAGAGCUUCGUGGCGGAUUUCCACAUUCAGAAGUCGGAGGCAAAGAGCAUAUCGAGCAAUAUCACGUCUGCUUUCCAAGCAGGGGCCUUUUUUGGCGCUCUUUUCUGUCUUCCAGUGACAGAAGCAGUGGGUCGGAAAUGGGCUCUUCAACUGAAUGUCUUGGUCUUCAUCAUCGGAGCUGUUAUCAUGACCGCUGCCAACGACCAACUGUCUUAUAUCUAUGCUGGACGUGUUCUUACGGGACUUGGUUGUGGAGCAAUCACUGCGACUGUACCAUCAUACAUCGCUGAGGUCUCCAUCUCCUCAAUUAGAGGCAUUCUCACCGGAUUGUUCGAGGUUACGUAUCAGAUGGGAUCAUUGGUCGGCUUCUGGAUAAAUUUCGGGGUGAACGCUCAUAUGUCGCUCACCAGCUCAGCAAGUUGGCGGGUUCCGAUGGCGGUUCAGUUGAUUCCUGCAAUUCCACUAUUUGUUUGCGGAUUUCUCCUACAUGAGAGCCCCCUUUGGUUGAUGCGAAAGGGGAAGGUUGAGCAGGCCCAUAAAGCUUUGGAGGAGCUGAGGAAGGUGCCAUCUGACCACCCAUACAUCAAAGAAGAGCUAGCUACGAUGAAAGAGCGUCUCGAUGGCGAGGCUGUCAUUGCAGCAAAAUUUGGAGGUGGCCUUUAUGGGUAUUUCCGUGGUGCGAUGCACGAGUUUUCGAAGAAGGGCAUGCGCAAUCGAGUCGGCCUCGUCUUCUGUGCCUUUGCUCUCCAAAAUCUAUCAGGAGCUGCUGCAAUUAACUACUAUUCGCCAACUCUGUUUGGGUCAUUGGGAGUGACAGAUGUCGCGCUUUAUACCGGAAUAUACGGGCUAGUGAAAGCUGUUGCAUCCAUCAUCUACUAUGUCGCAUUGAUUGAUAUGGUCGGCCGUCGACGACCGGUCAUUAUUUCCUCAAUAGCAUGCUCCCUGUGUCUAUGGUUUGUUGGAGCAUAUGUGAAGGUCGGGCACCCGGCUACCAUCCUGGCUGCUGGAAGUGAACUUUCCGCAUCUACUGCUGCAGGUGGAAAGGCUGCCAUUUCAAUGAUCAUGAUCUAUUCAGUCUUCUGGUCUUUCGGCCUGAAUGGCAUCCCAUGGAUUGUGUCAGCAGAGAUCUUCCCGGGUGCGCUCCGGAAUAUCACAGGCACAUAUGCUGCUCUUGUGCAAUGGGCGGUCCAGUUUAUCAUCACGAAAGCGUUACCAUAUAUCUUUGCAUCUUUUGGUUUCGGGACUUGGUUCUUCUUUGCGACAUGGAUGUUGAUCGCCAGUACAUGGGCCUUCUUCUUCCUCCCAGAAACAAAGGGAGUCACUAUCGAACAGAUGGAUCUGAUCUUUGGCUACAACCACGAUGCCAAAUACCGCAUUCCACGCACACGAGUGACAAGAAAAAUGCUACCUACCGUGCAGAAAGAAAGCAUCGACAAAGUUUCCGAUAUUGAGCAUAGUGAGGAGGUCACGAAGGAUGUUGAAGCAAACCGGUAG